AUGAAGGAACAACUGGUCGAGAUGACGCAGUUGAGCCCCCGUGUUAUCCGUGUCUGGUUCCAGAACAAACGAUGUAAGGACAAGAAGAAGAGCGUCCUGAUGAAACAGAUUGCCGAACAGCAGGCCUCUAAGGAUCCAAACCGUCGGGUACAGAGCUUCAAUGGAGUCCCAAUGGUAGCAUCCAGUCCCGUGCGCCACGAUUCUCAAAUGCCACAGGGUAGCCAGGUCGAGGUUCAAAGCUAUCAGCAACCGCCAUGGAAAGCACUCAGCGACUUCGCACUGCAGAGCGACAUCGAGCAACCACCAUUCCAACAACUGGUCAACUUCUCUGAGCAGAGUCUGGGCCAGACGACAAUUCUUAAGGACAUUCCACCUCGAGAUGAUGCGGCUCCUGGAUCGGGAAUGAGUCUGCCCCCAACCCCGGAUUCCUCCGACCGGAUGCACUCACAUCUCGACUUAGAACCACUUAGUGCCAGCGACUAA